AUGGGAGGAGGGGUAAUCGUUGUGGGUUGGUUUUCCCAAGUUCAGUUCUGCACAGGACGUCUCUGCAGACCAGGACGAGCGGCGCUAGCCUACGUGAUCGUUCCGGCUCUUUGUUCACAUCCAAGCCGUAUCCUACCAGGAUGGUGGGGUUCAAGGAGGCAUCAACACUUGUGAUAAAUGGGAAGACCUAUUCAGUUCCAGACAGUCUGCCGGCCAAUACUACCCUCAAUGAGUUCAUCAGAAACCACGCGCACCUCAAGGGCACCAAAAGCAUGUGUCUGGAGGGCGGCUGUGGAGCAUGCAUCGUCACGGCUACAUACAGACACCCGGAUACUGGCAAAGAAUUGCAGCACGCUGUUAACUCGUGUCUGGUGCCAGUGUUUGCAUGUAGAGGAUGGAAAAUCACCACAGUGGAGGGUAUUGGCAGCAAGACAAAGGGAUACAAUGAUGUUCAGGCUCGCCUGGCCAAGGGCAAUGGCUCGCAAUGUGGCUAUUGUAGCGUGGGAAUGGUUAUGAACAUGUACAGUCUCAUGAAAACAAAACCCGAGCUCACAAUGAAAGAAAUAGAGAAUUCAUUUGGAGGAAAUCUCUGUCGUUGCACAGGCUACCGUCCUAUUCUUGACUCCUUCAAGUCGUUUGCCAAGGAUGCCCCCAAAUGGCUUGUUGACAAGUGUGCUGAUAUUGAGGACCUGAUAACCAUCUGUCCCGUGAAGAAGAAGCCGUGUGUGAGGAACGGGUCCUGUAAUGGGGAGAGCUGUGAGGACACAGAGGUGGUGGACGUAUGUGACGUCUCUCUAAGCAAGAUCACCCUACAGGAUGGCAACAACUGGUACCAUGUCAGUGAGAAGAAGGAGAUAUUUGAGAUACUGGAUAUGUGUGGUGACUCUGACUACAUGUUAGUUGGAGGCAACACAGCUCAUGGUGUGUACCGUACCAAGUAUCCCCUGGCUCACUACAUCAAUAUCAAUAACGUGGCACAGCUACACUCUAUCGUGGAGGCAGGUGGCACCAUCGUUCUGGGAGCCAACAACACGCUUACCACCACCAUGGAGUACUUCUACUCCAAGAGUCAGCAGGAGCCUCAGCAGUUCGGCUACUUGAAGGAGCUUGCUGAUCACAUAGACCUCAUCGCCAAUGUUCCUGUCAGAAAUGUUGGUACCCUGGCUGGCAAUCUGUCUAUCAAGAACCAGUACAAGGAGUUUCCUUCCGACUUGUUCCUCAUGUUGGAGACAGUGGGAGCUUCAAUAGUUGUAGAGGACGUGAUGCAACAGGAGUCAGUGAUGUCACCAGAGGAGUAUCGUGACUUUGACAUGACCAAGAAGCUAAUAACGAAAAUCAUUAUGCCUUCGCUUGAUAGCAACCAUUACGUCUGUAGAACAUUUAAGAUAACACCAAGAGCACAGAAUGCCCAUGCGCAUGUAAAUGCUGGGUUUCUUUUCAAAGUGGACAAAAAAGAUAAAUUCAAAGUUCUGGAAAGACCAAACAUUGUAUUUGGUGGAAUCAGUCCUAGCUUUGUACAUGCUUCGGCUGCAGAACAAGAGGCAGUGGGGAAGCAACUCCUGAAUGCUGAAACUCUCAAGUCGGUAUUGAAUAAGUUACAGUCAGAGCUACAUCCUGAUCAUGUGAAGCCAGACCCAAGUCCAGAGUACAGGAAGGGGUUGGCAUGCUCUCUGUUCUACAAGUUUGUGCUCGGGCUGUCCCCGGAGAGUGUAGACGUGACGCUACGCAGUGGAGGAGAAGACCUGACAAGACCACUUUCAUCUGGCCGACAGGAGAUCAGCACAGAUAACACUAUUUGGCCCGUCAGCAAGCCCAUUCCUAAGAUAGAGGCCCUCGCUCAGUGCUCAGGAGAAGCAGAGUACGUGAAUGAUUUUGCCAACCAACCAAAUGAGGUGUACGGAGCGUUCAUCGUGGCGACAAAGGGCCCAUGUGAUUCGUUCACUCUAGACGCUUCGGAAGCAUUGAGCCUACCAGGGGUACAUGCACUUCUCACAGCCAAGGAUAUUCCAGGCACUAACUCCUUUCAAAACGAUGCUGAGCCUGAAGUGAUUUUUGCUGACAAGAAAGUGCCAUGUGCUGGCACGCCCUUGGGUGCAAUAUUUGCAGACACAAACGCACUUGCGCACCGUGCAGCUCAGUUGGUGAAGGUCACUUAUCAGGGAGUUCAGAGCCCUCAAAUCAAUGUGAAGAAGAUUGUGAACUCUAAGGAUCAUUCAAGGUUGUGGCUGGCCGUCAAGAAAGAAGCAAGCACAGUUAAACCGGAUGUAAAGCAUGAGAUCCAGGGAUCCCACUGGUUCCCUACCCAGUACCACUUUACCAUGGAGACUCAGACAUGUUACAGUGAGCCAACAGAGGAUGGAUUGAAUGUGCAUGCUUCCACACAGUGUCCAGGAGUGCUUCAUGAUAUUAUAGCAGCUGCAUUAAAGGUUCCUAUUAACAGUGUGAACAUGUCCGUACGCCGAUGUGGAGGAGGCUAUGGUAGCAAGCUGGGCAAGUCUGGUAUAGUUACUCUCUCUUGUGCUGUAUCAGCCUACGUUCUACAGCGCCCUGUUCGCUUUGUUAUGACUAUCGAAGAGAAUAUGGAGAUUGUUGGCAAGCGGGCUGGAUGUCUCUUCAACUACUUGGUUGGUGUGGAUGACAAUGGAGUCAUCCAAAAGAUGCACAUUGACUACUACCAGGAUGAUGGAGCAACCAAGAAUGAUUCCAUUGCAGGGUACACACUCCACUAUUUGAGUAACCUAUAUGAUGACUCCACAUGGAGCGUCAACGGUUACGGAGUUAAGACUGACUUACCUAGUCAGACAUGGUGUAGAUCACCAGGAUCAACUGAAGCUAUCUCAGCUAUCGAAACCAUCAUGGAACACAUAGCUCAAGCUCUGAAGAAAGAUCCAACAGAAGUUAAGUUGGCAAACAAACGGCAAGUUGAUUCCCCAUUACCAGCUUUGGUAGAUGACUUGAAGAGGUCAGCUGAUUACGAGAAGAGGGUCAGAGAUAUCCAGCAGUUCAAUCAGACGAAUCGGUGGAAGAAACGUGGCAUCUCAUUAGUACCCAUGGACUAUCCGUUCUCCUAUUUUGGCAACUACCAUUCCAUGGUAUCUGUGUAUGGAGGGGAUGGUACUGUCUCAAUCAGCCACGGAUGCAUUGAGAUGGGUCAAGGACUUAAUACAAAGGUAGCACAGGUGUGCGCAUACAUUUUGGGAAUAGAUGUAGAGGAUGUCAGUGUCAAGCCGUAUUACUCUCUGAUAUCUCCCAAUGUUGCACCAACUGGUGGCAGCAGUGGCAGUGAGUCUGCCGCGUAUGCCACAAAGAUAGCCUGUGAAGAAAUUGUAAAGAGACUAGAACCACUUAAGAAAGAGAAUCCUAAUGCUACUUGGAAGGAAUUAGUUGCCAAAGCCAAGGCCAACCAAAUCAACUUGAAUGCUACUCACAUGUUUACUCCUCGAGAUGAUGUCAAGAAUUACCACAUUUAUGGAGUAUCUGCAAUUGAAGUAGAGAUUGAUAUCUUGACAGGACAACAUCAGAUCCUGCGUGCUGACAUCCUGGAGGAUACGGGUAUCAGCCUGAGCCCUGAAGUGGACGUGGGCCAGAUUGAGGGGGCCUACGUGAUGGGGCUCGCUCUAUUUACCAUUGAAGACUUGAUCUACGAUGACCAGACCGGUAGACUACUCACAAACCACACCUGGAACUACAAAGUACCUGGUGCCAAGGACAUCCCGAUAGAUUUCAGAGUCGAAAUGAGGAAAAAUGCACCAAACCCUGUGGGCGUGCUUAAAUCUAAAGCCACUGGAGAACCUCCUCUCUGUAUGAGUAUAGGAGUGGUGUUUGCGUUACGCAGAGCCCUUGAAUCUGCGCGUGCAGACGCUGGCCUUUCGGAUGAUCACUUUGACAUUGAACUGCCCCUAUCUGCGGAGAAGCUGUGGAUGUAUAGUGGAACCUCAGUGGACGGCAUGCAUCUCUAAGUCGGGUUGGCCUGACAUCUCCACGCUCCUGGGAAUAUUUAUACACUACAGGAGUGUGAGGGAUCACUGUCUAUUUGAAUAUCAAUAACAUACAGGAACAAUAUUCAGAAUGCUGUUAAUUUAUGUGAUAUUUUUGUUGUUUAAACAUAUUCCUGUAGACUUGUAUAUUAGUGAAAAUGAAUUUGAUCAUCCAAUGCAAUAGAAUUCAUAAAUGUACAUAAUCAAACUUGAAGGAAUGUUAUGUUACUGCAAAGAAAAGUUGAAUAAUGUUCUGUAGGCUAUCAAUUAUAUGUAUUGAUUACGUUUGUUUCAGAAAUAAGCUGCUUAAAAAGUGACAACAAAUAUGCUAAGCAUAGAUAAUUUAUUGUUGGUUCGAUAGAAUUUGUUUCUGUAACACUAAGUUGGUAAAUACAACAUGUUAUUAAAGAAUUCCUAUUAUUAACGGUUACAUUAAUUUUAUAAUUUUCCUUUUAAUAUUAGAGUCCAGUUUAGAAUGAAACAACAAUAAUACAAAUUUGGUUUGAGUAUUUUGGUUCUGGCAUUUAAAGAAUGUGAUUAAUAUAUUGAUAAUUGGUUUAUCAAAUGUGUGAUUCUUAGUAUUAAUCAUCAGUAGGUGUGAAAUUACCUUUACCCUAUAUUGAUUUACCGUUCAAAUAAUAUUGAUCAUUAAUUAAUCUUAAAUAUAGAUAUAAUAAUUUGUACAGAAUUAUAUUUUAUUUGUUUUAUAAAUAUUUUAUCGUACUUAUAAAAGUCUUAAUAUUUGACUAAAGACACAAUAAUUAUUAAAUGUAAAGCAGUAUUGAAAGUAAGUGAGUAGGACAGCAGAAAGAAAGUCUGCUGACAAUGCAGAGUCAGCACCUGUGUGUUCUGGAAACCAGUCUAGAUCAGGCCUCAGACUCUGUAACAUGCGAUUAUCUGUAACUAUUAUAAUACUUUUUCUAAAUUUCUUUAACAAUGUAGUUUUAUAUAAUCUUUUAAUUAGAAGUGUUCUCCUACUUAUACAUUUAUAGUUGUACAUUUUUCUAAAUCAAUCAGUAGAAUAAACAGUGAUUUUGAAAUUUCAACUUUGGUGCCAAAAUUUAUUUCUUUUCCGGAAUCAUCCGGUGGUAGCAGUGGUAUCUACCAUAUUUCAAAUAUUCACUCUUGGACACGUUGCAAAUUUGGACUGAGGAGGGCCUGACCAUUCAGGAAUCAUUGAGUAUAAUAUAGAUCCCACGGCUGCUCCAAAUGAUCAAUAUUAUUUGAACUAUAAAUCAAUAUUAGUACAGGUUGUUACAGGUAUGUUUUCUAAUUUGUUAUGUUUUUAUUUCAGCUCAAAGUCCUUUACUAAUGCUUAGGUAUAUUGUUUCCUUAAUAAAAGCUAUUCACUAGUUACUUUUUAUUGUUUUGGUGCUAGGGUUAUCACAUUAUCUAAGCGAUAGUAACAUUCAAGUUAGUUUCUAAAUAGUAUUACGCAACUAAUUUUUCAUGAGCUUUUUAUUAUUUGAGUUUGUUUUAUUAAUAUUGUUUGGAGGGGUUUUGUAGUUUAUCUUAUAAUAUACAAUGCUCAAACAUAAUAACUAAUCCGAAAAUGCAUACUUUUGCUAAUUUUUACAUUUUAUGAAUGUGUUAAUAAAAGAAGAAAUGUU